UGCCAUUAACUGUGUAAAACACGGAACAUGAUAUUUUUGACAUAGUUCAAGUAACUACAUCAGCAAUGAUCUUUUUUCCAUUACUGAAGUAGAAAACUUUAUGUGCUUUGCUCUUGCUGUAGCAUGUUUAGUCUGCUAAAAUUGAGAUUAAAGGGCGUAACACCGAUGCUAAUGCAAAUUUGAGUAUCAUACAGUGUGGAGAAAGGUUUUGCUAAAGAAGCGCCAGUGAUUCAUAAAGCCACCCUCUGAAAACCCUUAAAAAAAACCUGCAGAUUAAAAUGAUGACAAUCAAUUUUAUUGUAUGAAUUCAAAAAUAAUUGGUCAUAUAAUACUUUUCACUUUUUUGACAACAAUUUCCCAACAAGUGGGCCUACCAUAUUUUCAGGAAUAUAUGUAUAAUUUUUAAAUAAGUAGUUUCCAUAGACUGUAUAUACUAUGGACAGCUUGGCUCCGCCUUCCAGUAUAAAAAGCACUUGGUAUUUCCGUUUUUUUUCUCCACUUCCUGAAACCAAUACGGCGCAGUAGCGUUGUACGAAUUUGGCGGGCAAGUCGCGGAGAGUCGCUGUGAUGACGCUCGGCUCAAACAGCGUAUCCCCGGGCGAGCUACACAAUCUUCGUACGCCCAUAGGCUGUAUCAAGUGUCAAUCAUCGAAAACAACCCCCCUAGCAACUUUUAAAAAUGGCGCUGCACAGAAAAAAGAGGACUUGAGCAAAAACCAGUCUUGUAACUACAUGUGAACAUCGCAAGCAAGGGGGAGAAAAUGUAUAUUCUGUGUAAUACAUUUCUAAAGUUUGUCCACAGCUGCAUAAGGAUGACCGGAGGAGGCAGGAUUUAUGAGGCAGACGGCGUCCAUACAGUCCAUGGUAGCUUCUAAUAUCCAGGUACGUUUCAUUUCUCUGUGCCUUAUUUUGAAAAGCGUGGCGGAACUCUUCUUUUUUAUUUCAGCAACAUUGACGUUUAUCCGUGCGCUCUCCUUUUCCUCCAGCUGCUGCCGCCCUGGAGACGCACUGAGUCAAAGUAGAUGCGUUGAUGCUGACUGACUGUUUCUGUCGCCACCAGUUGUUUUUUUCCGUGUAAGAGUUGACUUGGAUUUGAGUUUGAAAGGAAAGUUGGAUUCACGUGAUUGACGCUCAUCAUGUUUCCUUUCUUUGAAGCGAUGGAGUGAUGCAGAGUGCCAAAGGAUCGCAGUGGGAAUAAAACUUGGGUUGCGCGCUGGCAUGGCACAUCAGGUGCUCCAGCGCUCAGAUAGGAGCUGUUUCUCUCUGUCAUGGUGUCAUUAUCCGCGGUGAGAUCGCCUGGAGCACUAUGGAUGAAAGGAAGAGACUUUUCUUCUGUCUCCUGAUCUUGGUACAGCUCUGCCUGAGCUCUUCACAAGUCCUCAGAAUCGGUAAGCGCAACAGCUGUUUACGCACGGUGUUGUUGGUGUUUCCUUGCGUUUUCUUAGGUAGAUGGAGGAGUCAGUAGUCUACCAAAAAAGCUGCAGAUGAGCAGGCACAUUGUCUUGUCAGGGGUAUAAGUGCACCAUUAAAAAAAUAAUAGUGAUAAAAACAUCUCUUGUUUCUGAACUAUCAUCUUCAAGUUCUUUACUUUUCCCCUUUUCUUUAGGUUUUGGCGCACUCGAAAGAUAUUUCGUGCCAUGUCUUCCCCUUUAAAUAAUGAUAGAGUAAUGGCUGUGCUUCCAUUCAGUUUGUGUCAGAACAGAGAAAAUUAUUACCUGCAUCUACUAAAAAUUACACCUUCAAUCUCCUCUAAAUAAUUUAUUCAAGGAUAUAAACGGUGCCAUACUGCUGAGGAUUUACUUGAAGCAGAGGUCGUUAAAAUAACUUUCAAUCUCGUAAAACUACCUUUUUCUGCAAACUCAGUCUUCCCUCUGUGCUGACCACAUUUGUCAUUUUAAUACUUCAACAGAUAACAUCUUUCUGGUAAUAAUUAUUCCGUCAAAUGUUUUCCAAAAUGUCUGUGAAGUCCCAUUUUCUAUUAUAGAUAUAGAACUGUGAUUAGACUUCAUCUCUCAGCCCAGAGGGUUUGUUUGAGGGUUUGGCAUUCAUGAAGCAGCUUUUAAACCAUUUAAAUGUUAAUUGAAUCUUUAGUUACACUAUAGAUAACUUCAUGUUUUGACCGCUCCACCCGGACCCUUACAUAGCAGAAUAUAAUAGAUUAUUGAUCCCUCCCUGGUGUUCUCCUGUGGUUGUACCAGGUACCACUGCUGGGUGUUGUAAUUCAUGAAAGUCCCCUAGCUGAUCUUUACUCACUGACACCACUCCAUCAAUGAGAUGGAUGUAAGGGAGCCAGUGAUGGGGAUGUAAUCAUCUUCACUUCUUCUGUAAUGGGUUGUGUAGUGGUGUUAAGAGGAGCAAGAGAACUUCAGCUGCACUCGAUUAGAAGAGGUGGUGACUGGUGAAUGCUGCUGUGGGCUGUGCUCGUCAUCUGAAUCUCUCACUUUGUGAAUUUGAAUCAGAUUAGAGUCAGACUGUAUGUCAGGGGGAUUUUUGAGGACAACACUUACUUUAGAAGAGAAAGUACACUUGUUACAGGCUGACCGAAAUGGAAAACUAGCCGAUUCUUAGUGAAUUUUGCGUCAAACUAUGAGAAAAGGGCGAUUUCAUAACAAAAUCACAUGAUCAAAUUUAUGGAACAUUAUUUUUAACGUGCCAAAAUAUUUGCUAUUCUGCUACAUGAGUUGCAGACACCACAAAGAGGAUGAUUAACUAUGGCGUUCCAGUGCACUUUAGCCACUUUUUAAAAUAAUAUUCUUUCAAGAAAAGUUUAACAUCAGCACAUCUAAUAAAAUAAUUAUGCAGGUACAGAUAUAUAAAUGUAAAGGAUCCACAUAAGCUGAUAAUAUCAGCUGACCAAUAAAUCAAUCAGAAUUUUUAUGUUCUUUUACAAUGUGCUGUGGUAUGUCCUACAAUAAAGAUGGAGUAGCAAUUAUCAACACGUGCCUCUAAUAACAUAACAACUACAUAUAGAAUUGUAAACUCUGUGUCACUACUUGUAAAACACAAAAUAAGCCAUUAUGGUCAAAGAAUUUUUUGUCUUUUUUCGAGCUCUGAGUCUACCAUUUGGUGAAAGAUCCCUUGACCAGCUGUGUCUUCUGAUGGAAUAAUUUGCCCUUUUUAAAAAGUCCAAUUACGUGCCAUUCUUUCUCCCUCGAUAAAAAAUCCAGAAUCCAUGAAUAUGCAAAUAUUAUUCAUUUCAAAAGCUAAAUUGCUUGACAAAGGCUGUCCUACUCCAUCAAAAGAAAAAAAAACUAAAUUCUCAGAGCAUGUGCACAAGGCUUUGAGUUUCCACAUUGUACGUUUGUUAGUUUCAUUUACAGCAAAUGUCAUAUAAUCGGUGUAUGUAUCUUAAACAGGUUUCUCUCUCAUUCAUCAGCUGAUUGCAAGAAAGAGACUGAUCUAAGAAACAUACGUCAUAUUUCAUGGUCAGAAAUUUUAGGAAGUCAUGUUUUAAAACAAACACUGGAGUAGAGAAGGAGGAUGAAAAUCAUUUGGAGGGAAGGGAUAAGCGGUGGGGUUGCAGAGUGUGAAGCCAAGGAGUGGAGCCAGGAUUUUCUGACUUGGCCAAACUGGGGUUUUCUUGUGUUAAGCAAUAUUUCAAUCUUUAUAGUGCUUUUUCUAGGGUGCCAAGAAAGAGGCACUGGCCCUAUUGUUGAACCUCAAAUAAGGAGGAACUAUGAUCACCCUUUUGGUUGUGGGACAUACACCUGCAGGGAGUUUCUCAUCCACACUGAGUUCCCCUAAUGUCACGUUAGAUCAAUUCUCCCACAGCAAAGUGGACUCUAACUUUGAACUACUAAUGUACUGGAGACACAUAAUACCUUACAAGUUAACACUCAUUUGUGGCAUAUUAGUGUAAUGCUAUAUGGUUAGCACUGUUGGCACACAAUGAGAGGGUUGUCGGUUCAAAUUAAGACUGGGUCCUUCUUUUGUAGAGUUGGCAAAUAGCUUUGGAACAUCAAAUUUCCAAAACAUGGAUGCAGCCUCGGUGACAUUACCUACUGGUUUUUGAAGUAAAGGUUUGAAGUACUCUAUUGAAAGUGGGUGCCAAGAUGGAAAAGCUGACUCAACCUACCUGUCAGUCAACCUAGCAACAGGCAAAAAGUGGAGUUGAUACAGGCCUUUUGUCUCCUUAAAAACAGAUUUGCCCACCUGUCAGUAAAGUAAGCCAUGCCUUUAAUUAUACAAAACUCAUUACCCAUCUGAAAAAAAGGGAGUUGUAGAAUCAGAUAUGAACUUAUUUAUGCUGUUGAGAUGGUCUGUUUGUUCGUUUGUGUGUGUGGCCUACUUGUGCUUUUCACCCGGACUCAAGAGGAGGAAGUGUAGUUAUAAGCACCUCUGCUCAAAACUGCACUCAGUGUUCAUUACUCAAGGCGGAAGUUAGCCACUUGCUUUGAAUGAACAACAAAGUACAUAAAUCCCUUAAAGGAAGAACUUACAGAUGGCUAAGAUGUUAGCUUUAAGCUGGAGGUGGCUGAGUAGAUUGGUGCAUGUGUAGGUUGAGUUGGGAGGUUGCAAAGUUCAGCUUCAUAGUUUUGCAAAGCACCAGCAAGCAUCUAAAUGAGGAUGACCACUGCACCAGGCUAACGGCAAGCAUCUUUUUAAUUUCAGAUCCACGCUGGUCUCUGCUGUUCCCUCUCUGAAAAACAAAAACAAGUAAUCUUGUUGGUAAAGAUUAAAUUAAAUGGGAGCCAUGAGAUGUCAGAUAAUGAUUCAAGGUGACAUCUUCAGUUCACACCACAAGUUUAACUUUGAAAAAAAAAAAAAACUAACUUUGGUUAUGGAAUAUAUUUUCCUGAAAAGUUUGGAUGAAAAAAUCAACUGCAUUUCGUAUAUACUCUCUCUAACCAUCUAAAGUUCGAGAUCUUUAUAAGCUUUUGCCUGUUUUAUUUUAAUGCUCUCUCCUUGUUUUCUGCUUUCACACCCUGAGGCACAUAUCUGACUCACUGUCUGUUUGUUCAUAUGGCAUUUUUCUACAGCUACAGGACAUAUUAUGAGGAAAAUAAGUGCAAAAUUGCAUUUCUGAGUAUUUCUGCAUCUAAAUCUUUGUGAACCUCUGGCAGACCCAAACUGCACGCUCAGACAAAGAGAGAUUUCCCAUAUCACAACUUCAAGCUCCGCCCUGAAGCCCCACUAUUUUCUUUUCUUGAUGUUAGAAACUGGUGUCCACAAUUUACUGACAGAAUGUAGGAAGACACUGGCUGGGUUUUGAACUCUGAACCAGUUCGCUGUGAAACAGUUUGAAGUUUGAUUUUAUUAUAGUGUCAUACAUAUAUUUAUCUGGCCAGCCCACAUGAGCUUACAUGACACUGAGUUCAUGCAGUCCAGGGUCACAUAACAGGUCAAUCAAUCUCAAUCUUGAACGUAGGAAGAAAAACAGGAGAGCAAACCAAAUAAUGCCAUCCUUGCACUGCUUGCCUUUUCCGUACCACUGACUACCAUACUCUUAAGUUUAUUGUGGUAAUUUAAAAACUAUAGUCUAGACUAAGAUGAAAUGCAGUUUUACCAAUCCAACUUAAGUAUGGGCUGAGAUUUGUGCCACUAGAAACUGAAAUUGAAUAAUUAGAUUGAAUUUGAAAAGCAUUUAACCUUUUCAAAUUCAGUAAAUUGUAUUUAACCUAUUUGAAAACUUAACUUUCUAUUUUCCUUAAUUUCAAAAGUAAAAAAUUCAAUUUCAGCUCGCACAAUUCAGAUUCAGUUUUACAAAUCAAUUUCAGUUCUGUGUGGCAUGGUCAUUACGUCAUCUAUGCCCGAGCUCAGAUUCAUACAGCUCCUAUUCACGUCUGCCAAAACAAAGAUUAAACCUGAAUGAUUAAACAAGUAUGGACAAAUGUACAAGCUUAGAUUAAACAUUUAACUUUCACUGUCAUUAUAGAACAGGUGGGUUAUUUCCACGAGGUAGACGUAGAAAAAUGUCCCAUUGGUCACUUUAGGAUGAUCUCAGUGUGUGAAGAUUAGAAAAUAUAAGCUAAAUAAGGAAAGGCUUUGGCAGAAAUUUGAAGCCAAAAGGCCAGAACUCAAACCAUUGAUUUAGUUUUAUCUUCUUUCUUCCUGCAGUGCACUUCCUGGUGUUCACUUGUACAGGUUUACCUUUUUUUUUCUUACACUGUGUUGACUCAAAAGCAUGGUCCAGACCCCAGGUAAGAAGCCUGAGAAGCCUGAGAACUGUGUAUUGUCAUCUUCGUGCCAACUGCCACACCAAGGUGCCACCGUGCAAUCUUUUCUUAUCCAGGCUUAUCUGCUCUCUGGUAGAUUAUGGUGAAUCAGAUAUCAGAUGCUUAAGUUAUCCCCCCGGUGAUAGAAUCCAGGACUCUGCAGCUCUUAUCUCGAAUCAUACUUCAAAACCUGCUUGCCUGCGUGUUAACAGCCAUGCUAACCCCCACAGAACAAACACAAUUUCACAUGUUUUGCUGAUAAAAUAACAAGGACAUGAUAUUUGUUGUUUACAAACUGUAGAAAAUGCAUUUGUCUUUGAACAGUGACUUUUUAAAUUGUUUCAGAAGUGUUCAUGGACAACUCCUCACGUCAUCCACAUAAAGGAAACGGCGCAGUGCUCAUGCAGCAGACAGACAAAAACAAUCAUUCUUAUUUGGAGAGAAACUAAAAAAAAAAGGGAAGAAAACAAAUGAAUUACAAGAAAUUUACCUAAAAUUAACUAUGUUUGAACAACUUGUUUCAGGCCUCUUGCUUGUGAAUUUGUGAGAAAUGUAUGAUAUGCUGUAAUUUAUCUAUAUGGAGACACUCAACAACUCUCACCAAGACACAGAAAGUCAUAUUUAAAAGUUUCUUUUAGUGUAACACGUGAUAACGACCUUAGACCUCCAGUGUAAAUUUAUCAGUUAGUUUUUAUUGUUUCAUGUCUUGGUGGUUGUUAGGGUAUACACUAUAAUGUUGGCUAACAGUCUUUUGACUUGGAAUAUCUGAAGUCUUGGCAGGUGUGAAAUUAGGAUAAGGUUCUUGGAGGUACUGUACUUGUAGGCUUUGUACAAGAGAAGCACACCCAAGUUUAACGAGGUGCCGACUCUGAUGCCACAGUAUCAUCAUCUGCUGCAUCUCUCUUUCUCUUUUCAACAUAAAAUCAAAUUGUCUCUGUUUUGUUUUAUUUCUGCAUUAAGCUUUUAUGCAGCUGUCUCUUUAAAAGUUCCCCACUUCCGCAAAAGGCGGGAGGUGGUCCCCAGUGCCUAGCCAACCAGCGUCCAAUCAAAAGUGCGCACUGAGCGCUCUUCUUCAAUUUGUUUGUUUGCAGAAGCAAAUACGACUCACUCGCAAGCAGCAUGGUGCUAUUGGAUUACUACGGAUACAGUGCAGAGUGCAGACUGCCAUGCGGCAACGCGGUUAGCAAAUGUAGCCUACAAACAUUGCAGGGGUGAAUGUUUGCGUACAGCUGCGUACCGGCUUUAAACUGCUGUUUAUGUCUUCGCGGUACGGUGUACCGCUGUGUACUGGCUUACUUUCACCCCUGAGUCUUGCCUAUUAACUCUACCGCUUUGGUCAGUGUUGUUACUACUCCCAGCUGAAGUAUGUUGUUCACACAGAGGUGCGUCCUGUCCUGACCUCAGUUAGGAUUUUUUCUUUAUACUUGUUGUACAUAAUGAUUUCUUUCAAUGGUAAUAUACCAUAUGUAAAAGUGAGUUUAUCUAAAUCAGCCCAUACUUAUUUGAAAAUAAUCAACAUGUCUGUGCAGUUAAUAUAUGUAAUUUAGUUUUUAAGCAAAAGCUUAACCUUCCUGAAGUAUUUGCAGUGGCAUGUAUGAGACAUGAUUGAAAGCAUGGUUAAGAAUCACAAAUAUAUCCAAGUUUUUCUAUAAGAAAAUACCUAUUUUUUGUGAUAUUGUUCCUGAGUUCAUAUAGGGGAGAGUGGGGUAAAUUGAAUAUUUAGGAGAUGGGCAUCAAUUUAUGGAGUCUGUGAUGGUUAGAAGUGAAUGGGUGAAGGCGUUAGACAUUUAUUUACCCCCAAAAAACAAAAAAAAUUUCACUCUUGAAAGUGAAUUUAGUCCAUCAUAAGUUUUAUUAGAAUUGUGUUCAGACCAAAAAAGAUUAUUUUAAAUUUCUUUUAUUCAUCAAUUGUGGUAUCUAUGAGCUACAACAUCAGGUCAAAAACCUAUCAUAAAAGUCUACCAUUUUAGCUUAGAGGGCUGAUAAAGUCAUUAUAGUAGUUCAGGGGUAAGUUGAGCUAGUUACUCCACUGAGAAAGUAAAGUCUGAUGAGAGGAUCAGAGUUUCAGUUCAGAUUGUUGAAAUGUGUUACUUUUUCUUUUCAAAAAUACUGCUGUGAAUGUUCUGAAUCACUUAAAGACAUUCUCAUGUUAAAAUGGCUUUUUACAAAACAGCUUUUCAGCAGUUAUAUGCAUAUGAUAGAUAAAAAUACACAUACAUGUGAAGAAGUGACUGAUAUUUAAGGAGAGAGAAGGUGAGGGAGGGCUGGGGUGGAGAGUUAAGGAAGAUAGUAGGGUUACUGCUCAACUUACCCCGCUCCUAUGGUCAACUAACCCCAUACACGGGGUAAGUUGACCGUAGAAAAAACACCUUUUUUUCUGCAUGCCAAAUUAUCAAGACAGUUAUGUUUACACUCAUUCUGUUUGUUUGCAGGGAUGAACAACAUCUUGAAAUAUAUGCAGAUACACUAGUUAGCGACGAAACUAUGAUUGCCUUGAUGUAGUGAUCUGAAAUAUGAAAAAUGGCUCAUCUUACCCCACUCUCCCCUACUGUCUAUCACAGUGUUUCUGGCAUUCCUUUUUAAUUAACAUUACGGACACUAAUUACACUUUAAUUUCUUUGAACUUGUGCUCCUGGAUCAAUUUGCCAGGCAGAAAACUUCAGACUCCCGCUGACUUUCCAGUUCAUCUCGAUAACUUUGUAAACAGGCCAGUGUGUUGGAUCCCCUCUUUAGCAUGGAUGGCAUUUGCUCAUUUUAUCUGUUGAAGGCCACGGUUACACAUACAGGAGGUUUCUGAUCUGGAGUUUGGCUCUUGGUCACACAUUAAUAUUUAGAACCAUUCAGGACCAAUUAGUUCAAGUUUGAUGGUUCAGCUCAGACCCCUUUGCAUAACACAAGCCCCAGAAUUCCCACAAGAUUCACAUACACUGUCUUUGAAGGUGAAAGUUUUGCUCCUUUUUGUUAAAUCAGGCUGCUUGAACGAUGUUGGAGGAGUUGCUUACAUUUAUAAACACAAUACCUGCUCAUAUUUAUUCAUUAGUUCCUUUCUCUUCAACAUCUGGCCAUUAGGAAAAAAAUGAAUCUCUUGGCAGCCAAAUUGCCCGAGUUUUGGAAAGUUGGCCUCACUUCUGUCAGAGAUAUAUACACAGAUAAACUGUGGAAUUGGCUGCCUCUGUAACGUGAUUGUUCAUCAUGCUGGCACCAACCCAGGAUCCCUGUUUGUGAAAAAGGAGAGGGAGCUGCACUCUGUCAUUGAAUUGCAAGGAUCACAUUGGUACUCAUUUGUGUGUAUCGAUCGUGUUGUCUCAUGAGGCUUUUCUUGUGAUAUGCAGGCUGGCUUUGUGGUGGUGAGUUAAACAUUACUUUUAAGCACCUUUCUUUUGUCUGAUUUAUGGCACUUGUGUCUUUUAACUUGUGAAAAACAAAACAAGUCAACUGUAGAGGCGGCUUUGUUUGCUGUUAUUCUGCAAGAACGACUGAAAGUAUGAAGAUUGAAGAAAACAGUGGUGUUAUUUUGAGUAACGCUUCACUUGGGCCUCAUUAGUUUAUUAUCGUUUCUAAUUAUUGUCAAAAAAGCCCUCUCAUUUCGAGACCUAAAACAUUUUAUAUCUUGAAUUUUGUGAAACUUGCCAUUCACUCUCACUUGUUCACUGAUUGUCUUUUAUGGCUCUCAGUCUCAGAUCAUCAUCCUUUAAGUGCCCUCGCCGCAGUCAUUUCUGUCUGCCCCUGUUUCUGUGUCUUCUCCCCUGAAAUCCCUGAUUGCAUUUUUGCCUCGUUUCCCUUGAUUUGUUGUCAGUGAAACGAAAUGCUUCCCCUUGUGUUUUCACGCUCAGGAUGUGUGUGCGAAAUGUCUGUCACUCAGUCUGACACCUGAGACCCCCCUCGCCCACCCCCCUUCGCACACUUUUUUUUAACCCCCCCCCCCCAACCAGAUGCAUUUCCACCUGCCUGCAGCUCCAUCGCCUCUCCAAAGUGGUUUUCACACAGACACAGAUGGUAGUGGUUUUUAUAACUGUCAGCAGAAAGGCCAACUCUCUUACUUCUUCAACUCAGUGGUUUUUAUCCUCGUUCCGAAGAUCCACAUUUUUUCUAUCUCAGGCGCCAUUUGAGUGGCCAUUUGAUGUGAAACUGCCUUCUGCCGUAAUGUGGCGGUGAAAAAAAGAUGAUUCAACUCAAGUGUGCCUUUUUGGAGCCCAUCAUCUCGAGGUACAAAAAGAGAGCAACAUGAAAAAGAAAGAAUUGUUUUGACCUUUUCGUCUCAAAACCCCUUGUUAAAUCAAGUAAGAAUCAGAGGCAUGUGUUGGUACAAUAAUCAGGUCUGAAACUCUGCUUAUGGAGGCUCUUUAUUUAUUUCCAUUUUCAAUCAAUCAUGUGUAAGUCUGUGUUUCCUGGUAGUUGGACUCACUAAUGGUUUUAUUGAUGGAAAAUGGUGAUAUUUGGACACAUCUCUUUAAAGUCCUCCGCAUAAAUAUACAUCCUUUAUGAGGAUUGUGCCCGGGUAUUAAAAAUGCCUCUGUUAUCUCUAUGCAAAUGUCAGGUUAGCAAGUGUUUUCACUAGAACAAAACUGCACAAUCCUCAGUUUGUGUCUCAACUGUGAUUUGUUCUCCUCACUACGUCUCUCUUGUUUCCAACGAUAAAAAAAGCUGUAAAAUUACACAACUUUUACAGGAAAACCAAUAACUAGCUUAAAGAACUUUUAGAUUUUGUUUUCACUCAUCCUCAAUGCGGCACUAAUGAGCCACAUUGUGUUUUAGUUCGAGUCGCGCAUCUCAAGUGUACUCCUAUUUUAUGCAGAUAAAAUCGUACCUGCAAACCAGGAUGCAUGUUUAAAAAGCCUUUAUGAAGUCCCGUGGUUCCUCUGAAACUUUUAACACUCAUUUAUGCUGCCUUGUAGGCCAGAUGGAUGUGUAUUCCUGAGGCAAAUUAUUCCUCAUUAUAUUUGGGAGCUGAAUGAAUGCUUUUAGUGCUCUGAGCUACAUUAAUUCAUUUGCAAAAGAAAAAAAAAAACACCUUGUUUGAAAAAAAAAAUGCUUUUUUAUGACUGCAGCAGUCUCAACUCACUGUAGAGUUCAAGCUCUGCAAGAGGGGAUGACACAUGACAAACGUGAGACAUAAUUAUUUGUAAUUAAACAGAGAGGUGAUGGAUGGUGUGAGAUUUUACACACACAUACACACACACAGGCAUACACACACACACACACACACACACAGAUUUGUCUCCCCGUGGGAUGUUGAAGAGAUUGAUCAAUUCUGCAUGACAGGUUGGCACAAAGCUCUGUGGUUCUGCAGCUUUGUUUUAUGUUUUCCUCUCACCGCAGCAGGCAGCUAAAUCUCUCACCAGUCUGUCGUACCGAACCGUAUCCACGUUUUUAUUCUUCCAAUACAGCAGUGUACCUGGUAAUCACUGUAAUUGCAGCAGAAGUGACGUUUUUAUGUUAAUGGUUUAAUGGGUCUUGACGAUAAUUACUAAUUGGCUUUGGUUGCAUUUACAAAGAUUUAUGUGUGACAGCUUAUCUUUUUAGUACCUGUGUCUGUGUUUUUAAACCUUUGCAAGUGUUUGACCGUGUGACUGCAUGAAAACUGCAGAGUCAUUAGGUAUGCAUAGAAAAUUGGAUCGUUGAUGAUAAGGAAUUCAAGUGAACCAGCAAUUGAUCAUGAUUGCAGAUUUACACAGCCAGACGUCGGAUGAGGUUAGUAAUUUACAUCGCACAUGCCCUGUGUCCUGACUUUCCGAAUCCCACGAAUCUUGAUAAACACACGGCGCCCCUGAGGCUCAAAUAAAUAUGCUUUUCCUGAUCAGCAAGUGUAAACCCAGUCCUGGUGUUUUUCCCCCCUACCUCACUGUAAUAGUUUCUUUUUAUCUGUGAGCAACAGAACAACGACACACCAGACCGAAAUGAAAUGUCCACCUGUUGUGAGUCCCCAAACAACCGAGGAUGCUUCACAGACUCCACUGAACUUUAAUCACUGUCUGCUCAUGGAAAUGUGAAGCUAGAGUGUGCUGAUUUAUAAGAAAAAAUUACAGUGGUACAAAACUGAAAUGACCUCAGACUGUGUUUAGGGGCAUGAUCUUAUAAAAAGCAGUACAGAUCCAGUAAAAACAUUUACAGGCUCCAGUUUUGAUAUCAAACCUUUGUUCCGUGUCGAACUUCUUAUUCUGUUUAUGCCUCGCAUUAUCAUUGGACCUGGGUGAUCAGACCGCAGGUUAUGGGCCUUGACUAGGUGUAAGACAGAGGCUGUCAUUCUGUCUGUUUGUGUUUGAGUGUAGGGCUGAGCGAUAAACUGAAAAUUUACCAAUACUGAGAUUUACAGAAAUAACCAAUGUCAUUUUUCCAAUUUUAAUGUAUUUGAGAUCAAAUAAAUCAAUAAAUAAAGUUGGUUUUGUAUGUGUGUAGGUAGGCUAUGGUCUCAUGUCCCUUUUAAGACACUGUCCUACGUCGGAGACAUGACUCCUCCCCUUCCAAUCCGUAACAAAGAGGGAAAGACAGGUGAGGAGAUGGAGGACGGUUUAAAAGUUGUAGCAGCUGGAGCGGCGGCUGAAGUAGACAAAGUUAAUAUGGGAGGGGGUGAGCCGCUUGUGGAGUAGUUAUCGUCCAUUUAUCGUUAUCAAUAUAUCGUGAUAUUGACUUGAGGCCAUAUCGCCCAGCCCUUUUAUGAGUGCAUGCUUGCUGUACCUGUACAGUUUUUAUCUGUCUGCUAAAUCCUUCUUAAAAAAAAAAUUUAAUUUCAUCAUGAAGUUUGCACCUUACACGGGGGAUGCUUGAGUCUAAUCUGCAUCAAAGUUCUAAAAAAUGCAGAUGGUAUCCACAGACCUCAUUCUGUGCAGAGAAUAUUCACACGCAUAAUGAGAAAGCACUUCUUUUUCUGAUUCAUUGCAAUACAUUAAGACUGUAUUGAUAUUUUAUUGCUAAUACUUACGUGGAGAAUUUAAUGAAAUUGUUAUUUCCUGUGAAGCCCGACGACAAACUUCCAGUGCUUUCACUCUAAUAUCUGCAUCAUUGUCUCUGUUCCAGUGGAUAACUUCUCAGUGCUUGUAAAACUGUAAUAUAUUUUAAAACAAGAAUAAGCUGACGAAGUCUACAUUUUAAUCUUUUCCGCACUUAUCAGGAGCAGAAGACAGAAAACAAUUAGACCAGAACAGAUAGGGACAAAAAGAGAGAAUUGUUCAUAAUUAGAUUCAGUCGGGGCAAACAUCUGCUGCAUCAGUAAAUGAGCACAAAGUGUCUGUGUCAAUCUGAGAGAUACUGUAUACUGCAUUUACAAGACUGAAAAUAAGUUGUCCAAUGCUCACGACCGUCUCCACAGAUAUGACUUCACUCGUCUUUAUAAAAGCCAAUUUUUGUAUCUCCACAAGAAGCUCUAAAAGCCUCUUGUACUGAAGAACUGAUUGUGCUACAUCCAUUUCAUCCAGCCUUUGAGUCCGCACUUCACUUCUCCUGCACCCAAGAUAACAGGAUGCUGAUGAGGAGUUUGGGGCUGUACCAGGAGUCUGUCUGAACAGCAUUGUUUCUUAAAAGUCUGCUGACAGCUAGUCCGUGCGCUACACAGCAUUUGGCCCCGAUGAAAAAAUAAAAAUGGUGAAAAAAGCAGCAACAGUAUCCAAAUGACAAGCUCUCACUUUGAGAAUUAAGUGUUAAGAAAAUUAUUAAUGCCUCAGAAUGAACAGCUAAUUGUUUUUCUUUCAGCACUUAAUAUUCAUCUUCAUUUGUAUGCUUCUGUGAAAUUUCCAAAUUAAUUCUCUGCUUGUUAAAAAUUGAAGCUGGGUGCUUUGGGGCUUCAAAUAUUAUCUUUAACUAUGGGUGUAACAUAUUUAUGGCUUUGUUUAUAACAGAGAGAUUCAGUCUUCAUGAGGAGAACUGAUCUGAAAUAAAAUGACCCUCAUUAAAUAAGACUGAUAGGGGCAUCAAGUGACUUUUAGGUGGUGCCGACCGUUAAAAUAUGAAUACUGUAGCUUGACCUGUUACUGCAGGCUAAUAGAGCUUUGUGUCCUUUUAUGUCUGGCUCUUAACAUCGACCAGCUUACUUUGUUUAAUUUGAAUCAUGGAUUUUUUAAGACUGCACAGAAUAAAUCAAACUACAUUUUUAUUUUUCCUGCAGUUAUAGUGUCUUGGUUCUCCAUCUCUUUUUUGCAGGUGGCAUUUUUGAGACCCGGGAGAGUGAGUUAGUGAGUAUGGAUGAACUGGCCUUUAAGUUUGCCGUAAACAACAUCAACCGCAACAAAACCCUGAUGCCAAACACCACUCUCACGUAUGACAUUCAGCGGAUCAACCUGUUUGAUGGCUUUGAGGCGUCACGGAGAGGUAAGACAAGUGCUACGCUUUGCAGCCUGUUAUUAUUACUUAAAUUUGUGAUAAUAUUUUGAUCUUCAAGUCGUUAAAAAUCUUUUAAUCCAUUUUGUGCAAGACUUUCAUGUCCCUACAUGCAGCUUUUUGAUGAUGUACUGUAUGUAGUGUGAAUAAAUUUUCCCUGCUUAAUUACUGGAGGAAAAGGAAAUAUAUUAUUUCUCAGAGGUAGAUCAAAUUUGCAUUUUAAUGAUGUGUGAAUAAUUUUUCUGAAAGCAAAUCAUUUUGUAGCUCUAACAAAACAAGUACACUAUAUGGAAAAGGGUUUUUUUCUACAACUAAGGUGACUGCUUAUCAUGUAAAUUAAGUAAGGUUUGACGAAUGCUGCGGUUUGGCACACAGUAUGCCAUUUUUAACCAGAACAAAAUAUUUGUCUCCUUAUCUUAUUUCCACAGACAGUGAAUCUUGUUUGCGCUUGAAUAGGUUUCAAAACACUCUCAGAUCCUCCUCUUUGAAAAAAUAAACUUCACUAAGCAUCAGCUCUGUGUUCCUCUUCGCCUCCAGUGUGUGACCAGUUGGCUCUUGGGGUGGUGGCGGUGUUCGGCCCCUCUCACAGCUCCUCUGUCAGCGCCGUUCAGUCCAUCUGUAAUGCCCUGGAGGUCCCCCACAUACAGACCCGCUGGAAACAUCCAUCAGUGGACAACAAAGACACCUUCUUCAUCAACUUGUUUCCCGAGUACACGGCCAUUGCCAGGGCCAUCCUGGAUGUGGUCACAUUCUUCAAAUGGAGGAAGUUAACAGUGGUCUACGAGGACAGCACUGGUAGGGUACAUUGUUUCUUCCGUACAGUUUUCCACUGUAACUUUGAAAAUUGAGUCGCAGAUAAUCUUCUUCCUUCUGCCAAAGAGACAAAAUGAAAGUGAAAAGCACUUUAUUUAGUCAGACUGCGAUCCCAAUCUGUCUCUUUUACAGGAGCAGAUGUGGAAGUGGUAACUGAGUUUGAGAAGGUAUUUUUAAAGAAAAGAAAAAAGAUAACUAACUUGGAUAUGAUACUCAAACAGAAUGAAGCUGAUUUAGAAUAAAAAUUUCCCUGCAACAACAACAAAGAUAUCAGCUCGAUUAUCUCUAUUUCUGUGAUAUCAUUGUAAAAAAAAGGGAUAGCACUAGGGCUGGGCGAUAUGGCCUCAAAUCAAUAUCACAAUAUAUUAAGCAGUCCACCUUGAUAAUGAUAAAUCAACGAUAACUACUCCACAAUAUUCUCAACCCCUCCCACAUUAACUUCGUCAACUUCAGCCGCUGCUACAACUCUUGAACCGUCCUCCAUUUCCUCACCUGUCUUUCCCUUUUUGUUACGGACUGGAUGGGGUGGAGUCACGUCUUUGUCAGUCAUGUCUCGAAAGACAUAAAGGGAUAUGAGACCAAAGCCUACCUACACACAUCCAAAACAAAUUCUUAUUUAUUUAUUUAUUUAUUUAUUUAUUUAUUUUGACACUGAGUAUACCGAUACGGGCAAAAUGACAAUGGUUAUUGUCAUAAAUUUCGGAAUUGGUAAAUUUUCAGUUUAUCGCCCAGCCCUACAAAGCACAGUAUGAAUUUGAUGACCAAUUCACAUCUUCAAACUAAAACAAUAUCUUAUAGUUUUAUAUAUAUUGAAAUACUAAAACAACCACCUGGGUAUGUAUUUUUAGGUCUAAAAACUAUAUAAUGUGAUAGAAAUUGAUUUUUUUCUUCCUACUGCAUCAUAUCAUCCACAACACUGCAUGACAUUUCCAGGGAAAAAGCUGAGAGGAAGAAGAGGUCAGUACUCCUGGCUUGUGUUUUCUGGACCUCACAAUAUAUUCAUAUGCCACGGUUAUAAUUAUAUACAAAACAAAAUAAUCCUACCGUCAGCUGCAGUCACCUUCCCCGAACCAGCUAGUGAACCCAAUCUGUGUCGAGGGCACGAGAGCCUCGUAUCAGGCAGCUGCCAGUAUUCCUGCCCUCUGACUUCACACUGAGGAGAGCCAAACCACAACAACAAUGGCCUCAAAUCCAGCCAUGUCCCGUAUAGAUCCCCUGCCAACGACCCAGACGAUAGGAAAUGCCGCUGUUGAAAUGCCAAAGUUUAAUUUUUUUAAGUGUUUUUUUUUAUCCUAAAUCAAGAUUUUAUUUUCCUGAAAUGUCACUCAGAUGCAGACUUGCAGAAUUGCGAGUUGUUGUUCACACAGAUGUGGAGUAAGGCAAGAAGGAAGUGUGUUUGUUUUCUGGGGGGGGACUUCAGUGUGUGUCUGCCUUUUGAUGUGCACAAAAACAAAACAGAAGAAUCUGAGUAAAGGUGCGCUGAAUACAAAUGACAUCCCUCAGUUACUGGACACGGGUCUAAGUUUCCAAGACAACAAGACCCUAAACUUUAGUCAUGUUUUAUGUCUUUCCCUGACCUUUGACCACUCAGGAAGGUUCAUGAAGAAGCUGUACAUGAUGUGAUUUAUUUUAAAGGUCUGAUGCGGAUGCAGGAACUGAUCAAAGCUCCGGCCAAGUUUAACCUAAAGAUCAAGAUCCGCCAGCUGACUCCGGGUAACCAAGAUGCCCGACCACUGCUGAAGGAACUAAAGAAAGACAAAGAGUUCUUCAUUGUCUUCGACUGCUCCUAUCGCAUGGCUGCAGAGCUCCUUAAGCAGGUUUGUCCAGGGAUUAAUCUCUCUGUUUGUUCGGAUGUUUCACUGAUCUUACAAUACACAUUUAUCUUUCCCUUGGGGCCAACAACCUUGGUGAUUGUUGUCAACACAAUUUUAAAGCGCUGAAAUGCCACAUGAAACCCAUUUCCUUGUUUGCUGCGGCUCACAUAACAAUAUACUGUAUAUAUGACACCUAUUAAAAGAUAGGAAAGAGAAAAGUUUUCAAGUUGCCUCUUUAGGAAGAAACAGCCCAUCUUAUUUCCAAGUCAUAAUUUUAAAUGGUCCAGAACUUAUUUCUCUAUCACAUGGGUCUAAUACUAUUUUAGGUGAAAAAACUGUUGAAGUUUGAAGGUGAGGAAUGAAAGCUAGGUGAUGAUUUAUAAAAUGAACUAACAUGCUGACAAACAUAUUCGUGUUUAUCCUUGUCUGCCUCAUAGAUUGUCUCAUCCACUUAUGCUGUCCUGAUACUUCUAUUUUUUCAGAAUCUGCAUUUUAUGACAAAGGGAAAAACUUUACUUAAUUUUGUCACGGUCAUUUAGUAACUUCAGUGGAGUGAAAUUUAUUCAUCAUCUUAUGCCUUUUUUUUGGCGUCCUCCACUGUAAAAUGAAAUCAACAUUAGAGCAUAUGUUUAUUGCUCUUAUUGCUCUCUAUAGCAUAUUCGUCCGACCAUGCAAAAAUAGGUAUGACCUGUUGAAUUACUUUAUUAUUGAAGAUGUGACACUGUAGCUGCAGCACAAGAGAACUCAUCACAUUUAAAAUAAGCAAUAUGGCCCAGAGUUUUAUCCAUUACUCGAUUUCUUCUUUUCCAAUUUGCAGCUUUCAUCCAUGGGAAUGAUGACAGAGUACUACCAUUUCUUCUUUACGACUUUGGUGAGUUAGAAAAAUGUACGACUGAAACUCUACUGCAGGAGAAAACAGUCAAAGUCAAAACUCCUCAUCUCCCUCUCCUCGCAGGAUUUGUUUGCCUUGGACUUGGAGCCGUACCGGUACAGCGGGGUCAACAUGACCGGCUUCCGACUGUUAAACGUCGAUGACCCAUAUGUGGCCUCCACCAUGGACAGGUGGGCGAUGGAAAGACUGCAAGGCCCCAAACAAGAGAGCGGCCUGAUGGAUGGAAUCAUGACUGUAAGAAAACCUCUAUGCAUUUUUUUUUUUCACGUUACAGAGCAACAACAACACAAACACCUGCUCUGCUGGUAACAAAUGAUGCUUAUCUGUAUGCUGCACGCAUGUUUGAAUACCAGUUGUGAACUGCAAGCAUCUGCUAUCCUGUAAAUCUUUGUGAGAGCUGUAUUUCUACAUGGUUUUUAGUGUUACUUUUGUUCCCUCAUUUUAUCUAUACUCUACCCUGUUUAGGAGUUGAAUGUAACCAAUCAUUCUCCCUUUUGAAGGCGUGAUCUGUCGGCUGUUUACUACUGAUGUUUGCAUGUGUGCCUGUUGUGUGAGAGAAUAAACAAUAUCAGGUUCCUCCUCUUACUUCCUCCCCCCUGCAGACAGACGCGGCCUUGAUGUACGACGCCGUGUUCAUGGUUGCUGUUGCGUCGCAGCGGGCCACUCAGAUGACCGUCAGCUCCCUGCAGUGUCACCGCCACAAACCCUGGCGCUUCGGACCACGCUUUAUGAACCUCUUCAAAGAGGUAAGUGAUCUCAGAAAUACUAAAACUCCUGUUACACCACCAGUGUGACCCCAAAAAGACCUCCUAUUGCUUUUUGCUUGACCACCGUGCCCUUUGAUAAUGCUGUUAGUGCUUUGACAAGGGCUCAGUAAACACAACAUCCACAAUGUGACGGCUCUAUUGCAAAAGUGAAAACCUCAAAACCUCAGAAGGCCUAUCCUAGCUGUGCUUUGCUCUUGAGAUACACAACAUAAAAAUAAACAACAAGUAUAUAUGGUGUUUAUGUACUUUCAGGCUCAUGCAGCUCUGCCUGUUGGUCAGGCUGGAUGCCUGCAGACAGAAAUGAGGCCUUUGAUACAUGAGCGUUUUGAUCUGCUAAGUCUUAAAUCCAGUAGAGAACCAUUGCCUGCCAUGGAGAGGAAACAUUACCAUUCAAUCCCCUUACUCAUACUUCCUAUUUCUGUUCCCUCUUUCCCUGUCUUUUUCUUUCUCUUUGAAGCACAGUGUCUCUCUUCUCUUCAGCUUUUCAUUUUGUUUGCCCCUUCACGUCCUUUGAAUUAUCUGUCCUCCUGUGCCAUUCAUCACCAGAUAAGAGCCUCUUUGAUUGCACGUACUAGUAAUAUGUCUCACACAGCACUCAAUUAAAAACCAUUUCCGACAAGAGAGAGCAGAAUAUGAGGGCACAUCUUUCAUUUCAAAAAACUGAAUGAAAUGCUGGGCAAUACAACCUUUGUGUUCUUUCCCUCUUUCCUCUGGCGAUAGUGAUACCAAACAUUCGGUAUCUGUAUGGACAAAAUUAACAGUAUUGUGUCUCGGACAACUGUGCACUGAUUUGUUUUCGACACACAUCAUUACAUACGAGAGAUCAUAUGGGAAAUACUGACACCUUGACAAUCAAUCAUAACACUUAGUCUGUACACAGAUAAUUAGCCUGAAAAGAGCUAAUAAUGCAGAGGAGAUCAGGUAAAAAGAGUUUAAAAUACACGCAAUGAUCAUAACACCAAGACAGAAAUAAUAACAAGGUGCCCGUUACUGUUUGUUUUAAAUGCACAAUUAUGACGUGAGGAGGGAGAAAGUUUGCUCAGGAUUGGCACCGCAGGUCAAAGCUGUGCAGGCAGGAAUCCCGUGGAGGUUAAUAAGAAUAAUAAUAAUGAUGUUUAUUCACAUAGCAAUUAUCACAACCACACAAAGUGCAAAUUUCACCAGUAAAACAUGUAAUAAAAAAAUGAUUUUGAUCAAAAUAAAAGAAUACACUUAGUAGUGGCAACAGGUUUGACAGACUAGAAAGAAGAAUAAAAGAAAUGAAAAAAUUGAUGGAAUAUUGAAAACCUUGACCAAUGGAAAAACUAUCAAAUAGACAGGGGAUCACAAAUAAAACACAGUUCCCAAGACGGCUUUCUCACAAAGAUAUAUUUUAAAAGGCAUUUAGAAGAAGACACUGAUGUAGCUCAUCUGAGAUCCUCAGGCAGGUCGCUCUAAAGCCGAGGCGCCCCACUAGCAAAUGCUCUGUCACCUUUUGUUUUAAAGUUUGAGGUGGGAACAACAAGGAGGUUCCUGCCUGAGUAAGUUUGAGCAGCGAGGCAUUCGUUUACAAUUCAUGAUGAAUGGGGGAAACUUGUCAGAUAUGUUGGUUGGUCUGCUUGGCCAAGUUAAACAGCAGGUAUGUCCCAGCCUAAGAGACUUCUCAACAAACCAGCACCAAGAGGGACGGUACAUGGGCAAUAUUAACAUACAUGUACAGCAAGGGUUAACAAGACAUGGGUGGAUUUAUUAAGGAUUGGCUGAAGGAGCAGGAUCUAGAAAACAGAGACGAGGGUAAAUCCAAAAUAAAACAGAGAGUGACAAGAUGAAAGGUGCGUAAAUGAAAAGAUUGCUUUUGUUGACUUGAUGGAGUAUGGCAGCCUUACCAGUGUCAUAUUCUCAAUUUCAAUCGAUCACAUCAAAUCAGAUUUCAUUUAUAUUGCGCCGAAUCACAACAGUCGUUAUCCCAAGAUGCUUUCCAAAAAAAGAGAGCAGGUCUAGACCGCGCUCAUUGUUUGAUGGAUUACCAAGACCCAACCUUAAGACGGGACAAAUUUGACCCAUCUCAUCUAACAUGAGUGACAGUGGCAAUGAAAAACUUCCUUUUAACAGGCAGAAACCUUGGGUAGGACCAGACUCAUGUUAGACAGCCACCUCGCCGCUGCUGAUUUGCAGAAAUUUAAGCACAUUAGACCCACAAAUAUAGUGUAUGUUUACAGUGAGAUGGCUUGAAUGUUCAGUCAAUCCUUUAUUUAAGCCACAAAAAACAUUCCCUCAUAAACAGCAUAACAGCACACGCAAAAAAGGACAAUUCUUUGUACAAACAGUCAAUGGCGAUAAACUGGUUAUAGAACAAGAUCUUAAAUCAAAGUUGCUGCUAUUACUGUCAAGAAUAUUAACCUUCAUACAUAUUGAAGCUGUACGGCAGAGAAACCUUUCAGUCUUCACCUAAGUCUUUCAGCCGUCUGUCAACACUGACUUCUCCUCGCUGCCUCGAUCCCCUUCACUUGCCCUCCUGGGACUCUGCUGCGGAGCUUCAACGAGGCUCCUCUCACUCACUGAACUCAGACGGCAUUCGAGACUUUCUCCCACUUCCCUCUCUGUGCAUCUCUUUUUCUCUGCAGGCACAGUGGGAAGGACUGACAGGGCACAUUGUUCUUAAUAAGACAGAUGGCCUGAGGAGAGACUUUGAUUUGGACAUCAUCAGCCUCAAAGAGGAUGGUACUACCAGGGUGAGCACACAGGCCGGGAACAGCCAAUUACACCACUCCCAUGCUGCUUCCUCGCUAGCUGAUUCAUUCCAUUAAGGUGUAUGUGUGUGUGUGUUUGUGUGUGUGAGAGAGAUAGAGGGACAGUACUGUAGAGAUUUUGUUUCCUACAGUUCAUGCACACCUUUAUUAUUUGGCUCAGAUGUCCAGCCAUGAAUAUCAAUUAUGCUGCAACAACUUAUUAUUUUUUUCCACACUGCUUCAUCUCGCCUUCUCAACAUUUUCAAAAGGGUGUUGUGGAGGGUGGAAGUCGGCUCACGAAAAGGUGGAUCAAGGUUUGUGCCAGUGCCGUGUUUGCUCAAUGGUUUGUUUUUCACCCACCCUCCCCCCUGUUACCCACUCUGUAUGCCUCACACCUCCCUGCUCCUUGCCUCGUCAACCUUGUUUCUCUUCACUGAUUUUGUGUACAGCAGUGCCAAUGUAUUUGACAUUUCAGUUUACCCUGUGUUUGGGCUGAGGUAUCGCUCUGACACUUGUCAAAACUUUGUCAGCAGUGGUAGAAAAAAAAUCAGGGGCUAUUCUUCUGUUUAUGUCGAUAUAACAACACUUUGACGUAGAGGAAGAAGUGAGUCUGUAAACUUCCACUGUGGGUAGAAAGUAUGAAAGUAAAAGAUUUAAUUCAUCCUUCCUUCACUUUUCCCCACUUGCCAGUUCACUACUUGUACUUUACUUGGCGAUUAGACUGCUUUCAUACUGUCAUGGGAAACAUACAAGCUAGCAUGACUCAAUGGCAGCCUGGAGGGAUCCAAUUAGCAGAGGACAGGACAGCUUGAGCCAGGCAUGAUGACUUUCUCCAAGAGGAGGAUCGAGAUGGUUUCACUUCCGCAGAGACAGCACAAAUGUUUAAUUCUCAGUCUAAUGAGAUUGUUGGAGACAAUUUGAAGCAAACUCUCUAUCUGUAGCGAUAAUAAAAAGAACUAAGUGAAAAAAUUUAUGUAUUUUACUAUUUGUGUAUAAAACAAGUUAGCUAGUGUUCUGUUAUCAUCUUACACUUAAAAUGAGACAACUGCGUUUUUUAGGUGUAAAUUGGAAGAAUGUUGGAUAUACAUAAAAGCGAAGUAAGGCGUAGAUGGAGCCCUGAUGCCACAACACAUGAAACACACACACAAAUGUUUCAUAUAACCUUUUUUUUUUAUAAAGCGAAGGGGAGUUAAGUGGUAUCAGGAGAAAAUUACAGUCUCUAUUUACUGGAACCAUCUUAAUUUUGAUAAUCCAGCAGAAAUGCUUUUUAAUUAGUGAAGCUAAAACAGUCUCUGGAGAUGACUCAUAGACUGCAUAAAUAUGGAUAACAUGCCUCUAUCUUCUCCAAUUGGAAAAAAAAUGAACCAAAAAAUUCGGUGAUGGGCAUUGUCACAUGGUGACAUCCGGCUUGUAUUGAGGGUUUAGCAUUUAAACUCUUUAGGGCUGAGGCUGUUGUCUAAGACAUAAUAUUGUUGUGCUUACAGUAUCAGCUCUAAAAAUAGAACUGUUGGAUGAAGCAACUUGCAGUAGAAUGCAAUCGCUUUGUGAGAUCAUGAGCUUUUCAGCAAUAAGCUUUGUAGAUCUUAUGAUUGUGACUGGAUUCAUCCUAUUCACUUGUAGUUCUGUGCUUCAAUACGUCAGUGCUGCUCUUACAUAUACUUUCUUAAGAUACUCAAAACAUACAAAGGAUGCUAAAUCAUUUGAGCUUGUUAAAGCUACAAGGGCUUUUUGGCGAGUAGUUAACUAACUUGCAGUUUUCAGACAACUCUUUAUACUGCUUAAUAACAACUAUGCAGUGUCGUUCUGUCGUAGCUUGCUGUCUUCCUCUGGCUAGUUUAAUUUGAGCAAAUACAGUCCAUGGUAAAGUCAGAUUACUCACCUGAUCAUGUACUUCUAUAGCUGAAGUGAUUUUAUGAAAAUACCUUAUAAACAAAGUGAAUUAUGAUGCUAAAUCCCCCAAAAUAUUAUGAAACAAAAACAUAGUGUCCAGAGUGCUUUUUUGCCUUCGCUUCAAGUUGGCUUAAAACCACUGUAAGUUACUUGUUGAACAAGAUUACAUUGAUAUCUCAACCGUUUGAUGUCUUAAUGUUGUAAUUUUUAAUGUUGUUGGGGAAGGGGGGUAGAAACAGACGUAGUCACUGAUAGCAUGAUGAAAAAAAAAGAUGUUUGUGUUCAAGAACAAGUAAAUAAAUGAGAUAAACUACUUUGUCCAGAGAGGGCGCCAAAAUCAACACAGCCUUUAAGUUUCUCAAAAGGACUUUUAAAGGCUAUUGCAGCCUCUAAUCAAUGGUUUCUGCUGGGGGGAAAAGAAACAAAAAAUCAUAGCUCUGUUUUUAUCAUUUUAACUUCCACCAUUUAGUCUCUACUACACUGUGCUAUUAUUCACUUAACGGCCUCCUGUGCCUAUCACCUUGAAACCAAUCUGGAGAUUGGAAGGACAAACUUGGAAUUAAUUCAGUACCUCAAAGACAGGUUUUUGUAUGAUGCUGGCAAUGUUUUUCCUCUUCAAUUGGCUUACUUAUCAGACAGGUAUGUGGGCAGGCAGCAUCUGUCGAGUUUGUGAAGCUGAGAUUUAUAACAGCACUGAUAUUUUAAUUUCAUUCAGUACUGUCAGCCCUCAAAAGCCUAGCCUCAGAGGAAAUUCCCCAACAUGGAAAGCACAUCGCAUAAAAUGCUUGACUUCAUGGUCAUGAAAAAUGAAUUAUCAGUCCAUUGCAGUGGUGUUAGUUCUCAGGCAGUGGAGUGUUAAAUAUGCUCUCAAGAAUAGGAUGGGACUAGACAAAGUUAAAGUCUCCUGGGAAUUAAUGUAUUUCCUCUAAAUGUUGACUUAUUGGAAAUAAGAUUUUUUUUUUUUCUGCUCGGCUGUCUUGGCCUUGCUCAGUACGUCUCCAGCUUUGUGGUAAUGGUUUUCCAGUCUGAUUUGGUUCUGGAUGAAGAUGAGCUUGAGGAUGCAACGAUAAUAUUUCACUUCCAGCAUUUUAGAGAGAAUUCCUGUCAGUUUUUAUAGCACACUUUGUAGUUGGAGGCUUCUCUGGUUUGCAUGAUAAAUUUGCAAGGCUGUACACAGUAAAUCCAUGACUUAGGGCUUAAAAAUGAUGAUGACUGUUCACUGUGCGGUUGUCCAAGGCUAUAAUUUUUUAGCUUUGACUUUGUUGGUUUGGUCAGAUUAAUUUAUGACUUCAACUUCAAACUAACUAAGCUUGCUGUUGAUGUUUCAUGGGGGUUGUAUAAACCAAAAUAACACUGUUACACAACUUGUGCAUGUGCAACUUCACCAUCUGAGAACAAAAUACCCUCCACACCCUUCAAAAAAUAUUGUUCUCACUCUGUCCGUUUAUCUUCGGAGAUGGAGGACAAUACAAUUAAUUAAACCCAACCUCAGUCACUGUGUUCUUCAUCUGCAGUGUCCAGAGAUAAGACAGAUUUAUGGACUCCUGCACUGAGCGGACCCUUUGCAAAAGUACCACGUUGCAGAUAUAGAGUGCUUUUAGCAAGGUUAUAAGCACGCACAUUUUCUGUCUGUGUGACUCGGCCAGAAAGAUAGAAAGUAAUGAAGAGUGAAGAGCAUGUUAUCUUUUUGAAAAGGUAAUCCCACAUAGCCCCUCUCUGAAGAAUAAGCCACGAAAAAUAAAGCUGGGGAGCUCAGGUUAAUACGAGGUACUGAUGUGUUCGCUACUACUCAUCCUCUUGUGCAUACAGGCCGUCGUUUCUUAAUGAAAACACCCACAUUUAAUGCUUUUUUCUUCACCGAUUGAAUAACAAUAGAAGAGCUCGUCUGUAUCACUCACUUUCAAUUCUUAUCUACAAUGAAGCUUGAUCGCUUAAUGCACUUAACUGUAUCGCGUCCCACGACCUUUACUCAGCUCUUAAUGAGUGAGGGGAUUUGAAAGGGUCAAACUCCAGCGGCCAGACGCCUCUUCUAAUCUGAUAACUGUCUGGAUUAUGCCGUCUGCUCUGAUAAACCAGAUACUUUCACCCACUGUUAGUGUGACAGUAUGGAAAGCAAACAGUGAGCUGUCCUCCAGUUAGACAGUCUAUAGCUGUUCUCCAUACGUCUUUACCCCAUUUGAUCCCUUCCUUUUUUCACUCAUACUGUCCCUGCUGGUGUAUUUCCUCUUACCUCAACAUCCAUUAAAAGUAGAGCAUAUUUAUUCCAUUAAUUACUCCCUGGAUUGUUUUACAUUGUAACCUUUGACCUUUAACAUACGAUGGAGUAUUCAGACCUAUUUUCAAAAGCCCAAGUUAGUCAUUUCACAUUUACACAGCCUUAAACUGAUUUAUUAGCCGUAUAAUCAACUGAUUUAUUCAGGUGUUUCUGAAAAUGUCAGCUCAUAGUGUUUGAAUAGGGAUUUUCCCUUCUGUUAGUAGGAUUCACUGGGUGAAGUACCAUGUUAAUCUCUAGCUGUAAUUACUCAUUGUUUCUGGAUACUCCUUGUGAAAAACCCUUCAUUGCUUAGACUUCACAAUAUGCUCAAUACCCCAGAGAAAUCUCUAUGCACCAGGGGAGUGAUACUGGCUCACGCCUAUAUAGCUGUUAACUUUUACCUGACGUUUUUUUUUAUGAGGCGCUUCUUCAUUUUCAUAUUCACUGUACAUAAAGUGAAGUUUUUCGGCACUUUGCCCAGAAUCAUCAGAGCAGAGCUGAGCAGUAGGGAAAUGUUGUAGAGUAGUGAAUGGAGCAGAGAGCUGAGGACGAGCCAGGAGUGUCGGGUCUUUAAACCUUUACACUUCUAUUUCAUUUUUCUGUUCGCUGAAUCAGAAAAUGUGAUUAAUAUGCGGCGUAUCAGAGCAGUUCGGGGUCUUGUGACGACUUCGGGACUACAUUAGAGUCUGUUUGUUUGUUACAAUGAGUAAUAAGAACAAUCCAUCAACUUCUGCACUUAAAUUCUCAUGGAAGUGUUUAUUAUUCAAAUACGGGUUUAUUUAAGGUUUUAGCUGAACUGUGCAUGUCCUGACUUGAACAGCAAGUGUCGAAUGACUGCUUCACAAGAUUUGGUGUGAUAAAUCUGACACCCUGUUUGCCUUUCCAGAUUGCUGUGUGGAACUCAUACAAAGGGAUGAACCUGACGGAGUCCCACCGAGACAAGAAUAACAAUGUGACAGACUCUCUGGCCAACAGGACUCUUAUUGUCACUACGAUUCUGGUGAGAAGGAAGGUUAAACAGAGGAGAGCAUAAAAAGGAGGAAAUGGGCAUGUGAGAUGUGAAGAGUGCAUGUAAGAGGGAAGCACAAGAGAAUAAGAGGACUCUGAACUGGAGAGUUUAGAUGGUGGAAAUAAGGAUUUUCAAAAUUUUGUCUCAUUUUGCACAAAAAAAAAAAGUUUAACUCCAUUGUAGGUUUUAAAUUCAUUUUUAAAAUAUUCAAAAACUCAGAUUCAAAGACACUGGAUUUGUUUGAUUCUCCAUUCAAGCUUACUCAGAUCUGAUAACUCCGCUUAGUUUACCAUUAACUGCAAAAGCAUCAAGAUGUUGAAAUUCGAGCACAAAAAGAAGAUGAUUUUUAUCUUGGUUUUGCAGGAAAACCCAUAUGUGAUGUACAAAAAGUCAGAUAAGGAGCUGUCUGGAAAUGACCGUUUCGAGGGUUACUGCCUGGACCUCCUGAAAGAGCUCUCCAACAUCUUGGGUUUUACGUAUGAAGUCAGACUGGUUGGUGAUGGGAAAUAUGGAGCCCAGAAUGACAAAGGAGAGUGGAACGGGAUGGUGCGGGAGCUUAUUGACCAUGUGAGUAAUGGCAGGGUGACUGAUCACUGUUAUAUCAGAUAGAAUGGAAGGAUAUCAGGAUGGAUGGAUGGAUGGAUGGAUGGAUGGAUGGAUGGAUGGAUGGAUGGAUGGAUGGAUGGAUGGAUGGAUGGAUGGAUGGAUGGAUGGAUGGAUAGAUAGAUAGAUAGAUAGAUAGAUAGAUAGAUAGAUAGAUAGAUAGAUAGAUAGAUAGAUAGAUAGAUAGAUAGAUAGAUAGAUAGAUAGAUAGAUAGAUAGAUAGAUAGAUAGAUAGAUAGAUAGAUUGAUAGAUAGAUUGAUAGAUAGAUCGAUAGAAAAACACUGAAAAGAUAAUGGAAAAACAAGACAUAAACAAUAUAUACACAUGAAAACUUAAAUAGAAUACCCAUAAUGAAUUUUAAAUGGUAUGUUAAAUGGGUUCAAUGGUAACUUUUCAGGGAAAAAGAAGUGAUAUAUGAAAUAAGAGCUUUUGUAAACUUACCAACUCUGUGUAAAAGUUUUGAACACAAAAUCCUCCAGAAACAAAAUGUAAGUAGAAGUAUUACUAGAUAAACCUUGGUAUCAGAAUUAACCCUUCAUUCAUUUCUGAUAUAAUCCCACAGUCCGUCUGUAAUCUUCAUUUGAAAAUCUUAAAACAGAUGCCAACUUGUCUGUAAUUCCUAUAAAGCCAGAAUAGCGUUCAACUGCUUGCAGUCAGGACUUUAUUUUUCUGUGCUGUGUUUACGUCUGCAGUUUAAAUUUUAAUAUUUAUUGGACCUUUCAAUCCCCUGGGUAGGUCUCAGUUCAACAGUGAGUAGACACUAAUUCACUUCACUCUGGCUUGUUUCAGUGGUAUAAACCAAAAUAAUAUAAAACCCAUAGUAAUCUGUGUGUUCUGACUGCACAGUCUGCUUUUUCUGCACACACAAAAGCCAGCUUUUACGUGAAUGGUCAUUACACUUACUGUAGAUGAUAAACUAGAAGAUUCCUCCUGCAAAAGUCAGAUUUACUAUUUCUGUCGUGUCACACUUACACAUACAUAUUUUACUUUAUUACAGCUUGAAAUGGAGAAACUUUUGGCUACUCAGCAAGUUAUUUUAAUGGUCUCCGAAUGGUUAGUCAGGCAUGCUCAUAAAGAUUUGAGGUCUGGAGAGAUGAUAGUUAGGUAGGAAAAAGGAUGAAAAUCAACCGCACAAGUUUUCGUAUUUUAUGUCUUUUUGUAUCAGUAAAUAAGUUUGUUUUCCACGUCUUGUUUGUGAAACAGCUGGAAAACAUCUAACUUCAACUAAACAUGAAGUCUGAUCCUAACCUUAAAGCAGAGAAACACCUUAAGUACACAUAUUAAGAACACAACACAGUCAAUUUCAAGAACUCAGGAUUUGUACAUGUCAGUGCAGUGUGUGAUUAGAUUUAUUUUUAGAUUCGAUUAGAUUUUCUACAAUGCAAACCAAAACUAAAACCAAAUAUAUUUCCAGAAUAUCACAAGUUAAGCUAAGUCAGAUGAAGAUCCACCUCUUGAUGCGCUCCUGAAAAUAAUGUGCAGGGAUAGAUUUUCUUGUUAAUUAUUCCAGGCUAAUGUGGAAAAGGGAAAUAAGUGUAUCAUUAAGUUCAGAAAGCAGCCCGUGGCAGCAUCGUCUGUUAGCAGAGUGAUGUGUUCACAGACCCACAGACCAGGGGAAUGAUGUUUUAUUCAUUUGGUAGAUACAGUGUAUUGGCACUAUCUCCCCCUGGCAAUUUAAACACAGCUUUCUAAAGGCAGGUUAUAGUCAGAAAUUAUGUGCGAUUUUUACUUCUACAUAUUAAUAGUUUAAAUUGGCCCAGAGGCUUUUUACAUUAAUUAGUUUAGAGUUACCUCUUGCUCCCUUACUCUACCAGCGCAAUAUAAUCAAUUCUGUUGUGUUAUAUUGCGUUUUAUCCACUUACUUCUUUGUGUGACAUAAAUAAUCCUAUAUUUCCUAUUCAUUUGGAGUAGAUUUACCCUGAAACUGAUGAAUCGGUUUGUUCUUAUGCUUUUUUAAGGUUGCAGAUCUGGCUGUGGCUCCCUUGACUAUCACCUAUGUUCGAGAGAAAGUCAUCGACUUCUCCAAGCCCUUCAUGACUUUAGGAAUCAGCAUCCUGUACCGCAAACCUAACGGCACAAACCCGGGCGUGUUCUCAUUCCUGAAUCCCCUGUCUCCAGACAUUUGGAUGUAUGUCCUGCUAGCCUGCACAGGAGUGAGCUGUGUGCUCUUUGUGAUUGCUCGGUAAGAGGUUGGACUGAAAUAUUCAAGCAAGGUGUUUUUUUUUUGUGUUUUUUUUUCCAGGAAAAGUCAGAAGGAUGCCUGCUCUGAGCCUUGAUGUACCAAAUUCAUGUGACAGGAAUCCCAAAUAGCUUGGUCUAAUUGGCAUGAUUGUACCUCAACGAAUUUGAAAUGUUGCGUGGCUAUUCUAAAAUAACAAAAUUACGCUUUCAGCUGCCAGAUUGGCUUUCAGUGCGGUCGUGAAGUAGCUGGGAGUAAUUGUAAGUUCGCUCUUCACUCCCUCUCAGGUAGUGUGUAAAAGCUCUACCAGCAGGUUGCAGCCAGAGACCCAUAACUGAGAUUUACAAUUGUGAAAUUAAAGUGUGGAGUGUGCCGGAUAAGUGAAGAGGCAUUCUGCUGUCAUGCUACAAGUCGAGCUUCGCUGUUACUCAUAGAUCAGACUGUGCUUUUAAGAAUUUGCAUGUUUCCAUCUGGGUUUGACAUGUAAUUUUCAUCUGCUUUUUUUCUCUGUCUAUAUUGAUUUGCAGGUUUACUCCAUAUGAGUGGUACAACCCUCAUCCAUGCAACCCGUCCUCCACUCUCAUUCAGAACAAUUUCACUUUACUCAACAGUUUCUGGUUUGGCAUUGGGGCCCUCAUGCGACAAGGUAAUUAGUGAUUCUGAUCAGAAUUUAUCAAAUAUUUGUGAAUUGAAUAGAUACUUUUUUGCAAUAGAGUAAUAUGAUUAUCUUUCCACUUCUGCAGGGUGCCUAACCCUGUGUGCAUAGUUAUCGUAGAAGUAUCUGUUGUUUCUGAUUUUGAAUCUGCCUGUUUUACUGGCAGCUGGCAUUGAUGCUUCCCUUUUCAUUUUGUUUUUGUGUAAUAAGAGUCAGCAAACAUCUUUUAGCCACCAUCUGGCAGUCGAAUCAAGUAACGACUAGUAAAAUAAAUGGAAAAAUAUUGUUUGGACAAUGUUAUUGUAGAAGGAACUUCUGAUCCAAAAUCUCCCUAGAUGUCUUUCCAAUGCCAUCAAAAGGGAUUAAGAUUAUUAUUAAAAAUACAUCUGCUUAAUGAAAUGUCAACUCCACACCUGGUUAGGCUUUGCCCAAAACACAGGUCAGGUGUAAGGAAAGAUCCUAGAAAGUUAUUCUUCAUCGAUGGUUUUGCAUGAAAAAAGCUGAGACUUGGUUUAAAAUGACAAAAAAAUAAAUAAACUCAGCUGAUAAUGAGUGACAGACACAAAACUUGAGAGUGCUUCAACUGAGCAAUAGCUAUUGGCAACCAGGAUAUCCUGUGGGUUAGAGCAGUCACCACAUCAGAACUAAUAUGAUGAUAAAUCUUGGACUUUGGUAAAGGUUUAGAUUUUGUCAGGUUUUGGGGGUUACAACAAACAACAACAGCAAAGACCACUUGCUUUCUUUCUUCAGAGCACUGUACCGUUCUUCUAAUAAAGUCUGUACCACUCGGCUCUAAGCUGUUUAUAUUACAACAUCAAUCCUCGUCUCCUAUUUUCGGCAAAUUUUCCUCCCAUGUAGCCUGGAUCCAGUUCUCAUGAAUUGCAACCAGAUACUGUCAUAAGAAUUAUGUAGCAAUUCUCGGGGACUUGACCUCCCCUAUGGCAAGAGAUUUGAGCGGGAUAAGUCCCUCAUGUCUGAUUGGACGAACAACAAACCCACUGACAACACCAAUCCACAGCAAAAAAUAGUGAUUCAGAUGAAAACUUGUGCUGACAACAAGUAACAUUUUGUCAAAUUUAGGUGAACAGCAUGAAGACCUUUUUUUUUCCUGAUCUGUGGACCAGAUUACUGAUAAGGCUUCAAAGCUCUGUGUCCCGCUGAUAGAAGCAGUAUUUAUAUUAUCCAUCCCAUAGUCUUAUCACAGACAGGCUCAGACAGGUUUUAAAGGGAUGGUAAUGCAGGCUUUAAAGGCAUGUGCAUGUGUGUGCGGUGUGUAUAACUCACCUGUUUGGUGUCCUUGAUCUUUAUGUGAGGUGUUGUAGCUGAGAGAGACUGAACCUUAUUUAAACAACGCUUGACGGCACAUCGAAUAUGGUUAUUGUAGUCUUCAGUUAAACUAAUCUUUCAUCAUUUCUUCUUCAGUUAGGAAAACUGGAAGAAAAGGGCACAUUGUUCUUUUAGUUAUGUCUUUCCUGGCAUGAUGUUUGCACUUAUUUCCCUCAUGUUCAAAUUUAUUUCGUCUGGUAUGUCUUUCAAGAUGUUAGUUUUUGUUCUGUCUGCUGUUCUGCACCAGUCUAUAUUUUUUGCAACUUGCUGUGCUCAAAGAAAGAAACUCAGAGGGAGGAAAAUACACAAACUAUGAUGAAGAACUGCACAAUUCAUCAUUUUGGUCAGGAGUAGAAAUCCAAUAGGGACUCCUAUGUGAUUUCAGCUAUAAAGAUAACCCCUUUAAAACUUGGGCCCUUGACUUUCCUCUGAGAGAGUAUAAAUCUUUUAUACUUUAUUGUGUUGUGUUUGAGGAGGACACUUUUAAGUACACAAACCAGCAAUAAAUGUUUCCAUUUUUGGUUGUGAUAUACUAUACACUGGCCAUUUUUAACCUUCACCUCACGACUAUAUUUCCAGGUUCAGAGCUGAUGCCGAAAGCUCUGUCCACUCGAAUAGUCGGGGGUAUCUGGUGGUUCUUUACCUUAAUCAUCAUUUCCUCCUACACGGCCAACUUGGCUGCCUUCCUCACUGUGGAGCGAAUGGAUGCGCCCAUCGACUCAGCAGACGACCUGGCCAAGCAGACAAGGAUUGAAUACGGGGCAGUGAGGGAUGGAUCCACCAUGACCUUCUUCAAGGUAAAAACAGUGGAGGGGCUGAAAAAGCUUUAUACUUGAAGUCACGAUAAAGGUGAUGGACUGCUGAAGAUUUCAAAUUGUUUUAAAACAUUAAAGUUCCGGUUGGGAGUUUUAACUGGUUAUGGAAAGAAUACAGAAAUCUAUACUGCAGCCUCUGUACAACCUAUCAAGGGGGAAACGAUAGUUAGAGAUUGUUCAUUCGGAUUCAUCUGACAAUUAAAAAAGCAAGAUACGAUUUGCUUUGUCCGUAGACUCUUAUCAUGUAUGUAUUGGACAAGAUUGGCACAGAGAUUGCAGGUUACACUUUAAAGCCCCUAUGAAGAACUUUCUGUCUGUGUUGACUUCAGCGCCCCCUGUGGACAAAGCUUUAACCCUAAUAUUGCGGCUGAUUUUUUCUGGUCCUUGUAAAGUGGUGUUAAUUGCAAAAAAUCUGUAUUAAUCGACAUGAAUGUUUGCAGUGUGAAAAGUGAUAAAGUGUUUUUCUUUUUAGCAUACCUAUCUACUCACAGUAGUUAAAGACGUUGAAAGUUAUAAAGAAACUGUCAAUCUUGACACUGAUGGUUUCAUUUGCUUUUGUCUUUCGUAGAGAUACUUUAUUGCUUAUUUCAGUGGGGUUGCCGAAAUCUAAAAACAGUCAAUCAAAGACGUUUUUAGUUGUAAAUCUUGUCAAAUUAUGUUGCACACACUUGGAUAUCCUAAGUGCAGCCCUGGAAGUGAGGUCCAUGAUUGAAUUCUGAUAGUAAAUACAUCAAUUCCUUGUAAAGCGAUCAAUGUCUAAAACAUUUUUGGGCUUUAUUUAGAGAGUACAGGUCAAUUGGCAGCAGGGAGUGAUAUGCUGGAAACACACUGCCAGUGUGUUUGGGGUCUGCUCAGACUGCGAGGCCAGUGGUGUCCCAGCUUGGCUUAGAUGAACUGAGUAUUGAGGCCCAUAUAGCCAAGCAGUUCAUCAGCGUCCCACAUACGCAGACGGUCAGGUUCAGUUCCACCCUGCGGCCUCUUUCCUGUAUGUCAUUUCCUGCCCCCUACCCUGUUCCCUGCUUUAUCCGCUGCCCUCUCUCUUUCAUUUAAUACCAGAAAACCCUAACAUACAUCUAAAAAAGAAAAGAAGUGUGUAUUAAAUUCUGGCAUCUGAGAGGAACUUUUAAAUGAGCCAAUUCUGACACCUCCCUAGUGCUGGCAGCUCUAGACAUUUAAAAUCAAUAUAAAAACAUAAUCAGUCUUAAUACUGAUGGUCUUCUUUGCCUUUUUAUGUCAGAUUAAGGCAUCAGUAAAAAUGUCAGACUAUUUUAUAACCGUCUAAAACCUCCUAACUGGAGCUUCAAGUAUAUGAUAUUAAGACAUCAAGUGUAUGAGUGUCAAAAAAAAGUCCUCUAAUUGUGGUUUACCCCAGUUCUGUCAUCUUUGUCUCACUUAACUUUAAUGGGUCUGAGUCAGUGCCUUCACUUACAUAAAAUCAGAGUUGCUGUAUCUGCCCCAUCAUCCUGGAUUUUCACAUGAAAGAUGAAAACCUAAGGAUGUAGGCGAAGAAAACAUUUGUGUUUAUUUUAAUUAAGGGGAGCAUAGAUGCACCAAGAGUUGAGUAUAGGAAGUAAAUAAGACAGGAAGCUUGAAGGAUUCAUAUCAAGAGCAUUGAUGGUAACAUUUGGCGGUUAAACAUAGGUUAACUUUUUAGUUUGUUUCUCAUAAUGUAUCACUACGUUAAUGUCCUCUGGCAGAGCUGUCGCUUCCUUCCCCCCUACUGCCACCCACUCACCCUGCAUCCUGGUGGCUCAGCGGGGGUGAUCCAUGGAGGGCUUUAUCCUCCCAGAUUGCAGCCAGUGAUUACGGCUGCCUGGAUAGGAAGAAGCAGGCUGUGUUGAUGGCUUGAACAAAUUGAAUCAGCUGGAGGAGAUUAAGAACACAGCUGUCCCAUUUUUUCUGACUGAGCAAGUGGGGACACAUGUGUAUACUGCAAGACACACACUAUAAGAAAGAUUGAAGAGUCCCAAACAUCCUGCUCGAAAAACACAUGUUUUCAAAAGCAUUUGAAAUAAAGUUUCAUGUAUGUUGUGUAUGGGCACAGCCAAAAACUUGCAGAUAAACAAUGUGAGUUUGAAAUGUUUAACACUUCUAAUCAUCUCGUCAGAAAUCAAAGAUCUCCACCUAUGAGAAGAUGUGGGCGUUCAUGAGCAGUAGGAAGAACACCGCUCUUGUCAAGAACAACAGAGAAGGCAUCACGAGGGUUCUGACAACAGACUACGCCAUGCUGAUGGAGUCCACGAGCAUCGAGUACAUCAGUCAGAGAAACUGCAACCUCACUCAGAUUGGAGGUCUGAUAGACUCCAAGGGCUACGGAGUGGGAACCCCCAUCGGUAAGAGAUCAAAUACGGACACACUGUAAUGACUAUACCAUAGGGAACCACAGGAUUCAUUAGAAGUCAUUUGGGUCUAAGGGAUGCUGCUUUGACUAUAGUUUCAGUAUUCGCUAAUCUGGGAUUUGGCCCAACUCAAUAGGCAGUCAAUCUAAGCAGAUGAGCAAAGGCGGUGAAUUCCACUGAAAUGGUUUACUGUUCAAUGAAAUCUUAAGUGGUUUAUCUUGAAAAAGAAAAGGGGUAAAAAGGAUAUUUUAUUCCAAACCUCAAAGUAAAUCAACUAUUUCUGGUCUAACAAAGGCAUUAUUGUAAACAAAUCCUGGAAUAAGGACAUAACUAAUCCACAACAGAAUCCAAUACACCAAAUUAAUCAGGAACUUCUCAGAGACGAUAUCAUGUACAUUUGAAAGCAAGGAAAGCUUCAUCGCUCUCUAGGAAGUUGAUGCAGGUAGAAUAAAUAAUGUUUUUCUCUGGUCCCUCUAUUUCCAGGUUUGUGUUGGAAUAAAAUGAACAAAAAAGACAACUGGUCAAGAUGUAAAUUGGUAUUUUCAGACUCUGCAAAAAUACUUGUAUUCUUUUUAAACUAUUUUAUAACUUAAGAGUCAAAAACUAAUAUUUGGCCAAUUUAAUUAAUCUCAUGACUAAUUAAGCUUUUAUAUAUUUUGACAUGUUCCCUAACAGUCUACACUGACACAAAAAUUCAAACCCUGAGCUAACGCUGUUUUUAGGUGAUCACCAGUAACUCAUUCACUUGAAUAAGGUUAGCGUUUGUUAAAAUACAGCAAACACUGGAAUAGAAUGGACUCUAUUGCUGUAGAGAUGUUAAGUUUAAGGACAACUUUUGAGGAGUCUCUUGCCUCUUUCAAGAACUCUAUAUUCCACACAUAUCCAAAACGUUUUGUUGAAGAUAAUCACUGACAUUGACAUAAAAAAGUAGAGUUUUCUUUGUAACCUCCACAGAGUUUUUUAGCAUUCAUCGCCUGUUUCCUGCAGUAAGCUGCAAACAUUUUGCCGCUGAGACUUUGAAAAACAGGCCUUACAUAAGUCGCAGUCACACAAGUUUUUCAGUGAGUGGUAAAAUGCUCUGAAGGAUUUCUGAUAGAACCUCUGCAACCAAAGACACAAACUUCAUAUAUUCACAUUUUGUAUUUUCAUUCGUGAGGAGUUUCAGUCCAGAGCAGUUGUGCUCAAACAUGCAAAAAUCCUGCCAUUAAAAAACUCUGCCAGCUGUUCAGAGCAAAUGUUCAAGUAAGAUUUCAGGCCAGUUCGUUGGCCUGAAAAACUUCAACUGGAAGCAAGUCAACUCGCUGGACCGCAGGCUGUACUGUUGGAUGUUUACUUAAGCUGUGCUUAACAUCUUAUAUCCCUCGUGUGUUUACUCUCCUCUCUCAAAGUGUUCUUCGGUCUUUUUUUUGUUUAUCUUAAAAUGUUUUCCUCCUCAGAUGUCUGACUCAGUGUAGAAAUAGUAUUUUUCUCAUUUUUGAAAGUAGGAUAACUGGGCUGAGCACAACUUUUCCUCAAACACCCUCCACCUUUUAUUAAUGAGUCCCCAUCCAUUUAUUCUUUAAAGGGUUAUGACAAACAAUAAAAAUGAUGUGCCCAUGCAGUUAAUAUAUAUGGAUACCAUGACAUAUCAACCUGCUAUAAUAUAGUUACUAUAUCCUAAAUUAGCUCAUGAACAUUUGGCCUCUUAUGUGCUUUACAUGUUAGUUCAAUAUCUAUUUCCUCCUUAAGGAAAAAUGUUGUACAAAGAGCUACUUAUGCAUACACAUCAGAGUGUAAGGUUUAAUGACGGCCAACACAGGAUAUAAGAAUGUCUUUGUUACAGCCCAGCAGAUGGAAAAUAAGCAGAUCCUCCUCAGGAAAUUCAGCUGGCUCUGCCCCCUCUUGUUGUGGGCAUUGGUGCUGCUAAUCCAGCCCAGUCUGAUACAGAGCUAUGGGUGGUUUCACCGACACCAUUUGUCUUGAUUCAGCCUGGUGCAAACAGCAAAAAACUAGCAAGCUUGAUCCAAAGCUAGACUGCAAGGUCCAGUCAUGACUUUGCUGGGAAGCUGCCCUGUGUCAGAACCAUAGACUGUGUGGUCAGAACCUUUCCCUCCAAAUAAUCAUUUCUUUUCUCUCUUGUUUUUCUUGAGUUGCUCUCCUCAGCAAAGGUUCAUGUUCGGGUUAAAGACAUGUUUCAAAACUAAACACAGCUUAAGAGAAACCUCUGAAGCACCCUGAGGUGUACCCUCAAGAAAAAUGCAGCCGUGCUUUGGCUGUGCUGACAACCUAAAUACUAAAGAGUAUGCUGGAGGAUACUGUGAAAAAUAAAGGGGAAUUUCUCCUUUUGUCAAACCUGAUAAAAACGGUUUAAUUCCUUAAUGUCUUUGACCCUACCUUGUCUCCUGCAAUCACCUGAUUUCUGAUGUGCUUUUUUUACCAGUGUUGAUAUUCCUGCCUUGUCUUGUUCUGCAGUUGUUUCCUCUUCCCGUGUCUUUCCCCUGAGCACCCACUACUGACAGAUGUAUCUGUAAUCUGCUUCAUCUCCAUCCUGUCCUCCUUCCUGCAGGCUUUUUCCCUCUAAUGCAGCAUCUCAGGUCCCAGUCUAUCACCUUAGAACAGUCUCAUCAUUCUGCUGUGACCACCUCCUCACAGUUCUCACAGACUGUGGCUAAAGCUUAUUCAUAUAAGGCUUAGUUCUGCUUCACUAAUCUAAGCUAGGCUGAGGUAGCUGCUUCUACAAAAGGAAACAUCACUCCAUUCAGAUAUAAGGACAUCCUGGCUUGUAUAUUGUAUUAAGUCUGUUCCUUCUAGUCAUAUUGCAACAAAUUACACAUUUUCCUCAAAAGGACUCUAUAUUUUUCUCUAUCCCUGAUUCAGAUGAAAAUAAAAACCUAAAAGGUAACAGCCGAAAGAUUGGAUGGACAUGGUUAUUGUGCAGCAUCAGGUAGAUACAGACGAGAGUAAAGGCUUUUGAACAAAUUGUGCAUUAUGGGUAAAGUACAUAUAGUCUGUAGUGAAGAUGUGCACUCUCUUUUCAUAUGUAGGUUGUUCUUUUUUUUUUUCUUUUCCUUUUUCUGUGUUUAUUUGUCAAGAUGUGAUCACAGCUAAAUGCAACAUAACGCUCCUUUUGGGAAAGUUGUACAAUUGUAAAAUAUCAAAUCAUAUCAUACUGUAGCUUAGCGUAUCAUACAAAAUCAUACUGUAUCACAUCAUAUUACAUUGUAUUGUAUUGUUUCUUGUCCUACUGUACUGUAUAUUAUGGUAUCACGCCUACAGUAUCAUCCUGUACUGUAUUGUAACAUAUCAUAUUGUGUUAUCAUGCCUUACCUUUUAUCAUAUCCUGUUGUGUGCUAUCAAAUUAUAUUAUAUCAUCAUAUAUCAUAUAUCAUGAUGCAUCCUAUCCUAUUCUUUCCUAUCCAAUCAUAUUCUAUCUUCUUGUAUCCUUCUCACUCCUCAUAUCACACAUCACAUCAUAUCAUUCUGUAUGGUAAUAUACUAUAGCAUAUUGCAUCAUAUAGUAUCCCACCUUUUCGUAUCAUGUCGAAUCAUAUUUUAUUGUGUCGUAUCCUAUCGUAUCCUAUCGUAUCUUACACAUCGUAUCCUAUUGUAUGGUAUUGUAUGGUAUCGUAUCGUAUCACAUCGUAUCACACCGUAUCAUAAAGUAUUGUAUCAUUUUGUAUUGUAUCUUAUUACAUCGUAUUCUAUUGUAUCGUAAAGUAUUGUAUCAUAUUGUAUUGUAUUGUAUUACAUCGUAUCCUAUUGUUUUGUAUCGUAUCACACCGUAUCGUAUUGUAUUGUAUCGUAUUGUAUUGUAUCGUAUCGUAUCGUAUCGUAUCAGAUCGUGUCGUAUUGUAUUUUAUCGUAUCAUACCUAAUCAUAUAUCAUAUUUUAUCGUAUCGAAUCAUAUUGUGUUGUAAGGUAUUGUAUUGUAUCCAAUUGGUAUUGCGUUGUAUUAUUUCUUAACAAGUAAUUGUGAUGAUACUAUUACGUCAUGCCGCACUGCAUUCAAUUAUUCAGGACUUUGUCAGACCCUGUUGGAUCACAUUAUAUUGUAUUGCACUGCAUUAUAUUGUAGCUAACUUUAAGAAUUCUUACUAUUUAUCAAGGAGAAGACAGCAAGUGUACAAAUAUGCAGUCAUGCUUGCAUUCUGAGUAGCAAUGGGAAAUAAAAAUGUAAAUUUAGAUGAGAUGAAAUUAGAAUUCGCAGUUGAGAUAUUCUCAAAUGCAUGUACAGUCAUGCAUUUUGUCACCCAUGUCAACUCUGUUCUUAAAGUAAACACUUGAAAUUUCUGAGUUAAAAAAUCAUGUUUGUUAAAAAGAGGACAUAGUGGGAGUUUCUCCAGCAUGGCUGAUGUCCUUUAUUUUAUGGCCAUGGAAUUUGUAAUUAUUUGUGUGAAAAAAUGUUGAACAAGCAGGAGCAUGUAAUUGUUCUAAUGUCUCUUAUUUUGCAUUCUGUCCUGCCAGGUUCUCCAUACAGGGAUAAAGUGACCAUAGCCAUCCUCCAGCUACAGGAGGAGGGGAAGCUGCACAUGAUGAAGGAGAAGUGGUGGAGAGGCAACGGCUGUCCAGAGGAAGACAACAAGGAGGCUAAUGCUCUGGGUGUGGAGAACAUUGGCGGUAUCUUCAUUGUCCUGGCUGCUGGUCUGGUUCUUUCUGUGUUUGUGGCCAUCGGGGAGUUCAUCUACAAGGCCCGCAGAAACGCAGACAUAGAAGAGGUGAGUAAAGAUGUAAAGCUGCUGAUCUCCUUCAGAGGGAAAUGAAAUCUAUUUUUUGAUCCAGCAUAAAAUGUAGAAUUUAUCUUCAUCUAUGAGAGACUGUUUAAAACCCCAAAUCAGAAAAUAUAUGCUAAUUUAUUCCAUCAUCCAUAACUUUGUUUUUUGCUAAUUAAUUUUUUAAUUAAAGUGCUUUUCAGAUGUUAUUUGAUGUAAUGAAAUUAAUUCAAUAAAACAUUGUUGGUAAUGUUUAUGCUUGCUGUCUCAAAUUGUAACAAGAUUAGAUGAAUUUUUAUGGCACGAAUCUGUUCCUGACAGUGUCGGACUACAAGGGCUGGUUUUAAUCAUAGCAAAGAUGGGGUUAGUAAGCAGCUCAAGGGGACAGACAACUAGACAGCUUACUCACUUUUAUUUUUUAACCUUAUUUUUUUCUCAUUUUGGUGUAAGGUGUCACUGAUGGUUCAUUAGAGUAGAAACAAGCUUGAACUCUUGCUCUCUAUUCUGUGAAAAACAAUCCAGUGCACGUGAUCAAUUUCUUUGCUCUUGCUUUUGUAUGUUAAUUUGUUUUUCUUUUAGUUUUAACCUCUUCAAAUAUGUGUUUCCAUCCCUUUUUUGUCAUUUGUCCUCUUCCCUAUUCUUUCUUUGCAUGCUCCUGUCAGGCUUUUUGUUUCUUUUAUGGGGUGCAGUCCCGUCAGUUCCAGCGAAGGGGCUCCACUUCUUCAUCUGGCACCUCCUUAUCCACUGAUCUGGAGAGCGGCAGGCUACUGGGAGAUGACACAGACUAGUCAUGGCAGCACAUUUACAACAUUAACAUACUCUAGAUAAUAGGUUUGUAAUUGGGUAUUCAUGUCUCUGCUGAUGAUGAAAAUACUCCUCUUGUACCAGCUCCUAUCACCCCUGCCUCACACUGUUUCCUCCAAAAUGUCUUUUUCUUAUUAAUAAUAUUUUAAGCAGCAGGAUACACAGACUAUAAUGUCACAGGAAGUGCCAGACUUAAAACAAUAAGAGUUUCUGCAUGCAGCACAAGCGUCAUUGUUCAUUUCAACACAAAUCAGUCGUCAUUUUUGCACCCAGUACCCACGCUUAGUGAGCUUGUGCCAGCCUGUGGGUUUUGUGGUCAGGUGCAAAACAGAUGACAGGAAUCUGGCCAGUCAGUUCAUACAAUUAAGUAGUUAGAACAGUGACAUGGCAUGUUUUAGGGGCACAGUAGAGGGAGGAGGGUUAAAUAUGCUGGCCUGGGUCCAGUCUAUCAAUGUAAAAAGGCUCAAAUCUGUUGUGUAAUAUUCCCAUCUACAGAUGUACCUGAAUCCUGAAGGGGAUGAGAGCAAACACACUGAUUGAUUUUAUUCAUGCUUUGCCCACCAAAGCAUAAGGGAGUCUGUACAAGCUCUCCACUCCCUCACUUUGAGCCCAGACUAUACAUCCUUUAAAUAGCGAAUAGGGAUCAAACAUUUCCUAAUCUUUUGUGCCAGCAUUUUACCCAAUGCUUUUAAGAUCUUUUGAAUAGGGCCUUUUUUCUAUAGGCAGGCACUGAAGCUUCACCUCCUUAUACCCGCAGAAAACCAUUCUAGUUAUUGACAACCUUAAAAUUUUCUUAAAACUUGUAAAUUAUUUAAUGUAAUCUGAGUCACCUGUUUGCAAUAUUUUCAGCCAAGAAAUAUUGAUAUUCAGGAUCAUGAAUACAAAUGUGGAAUUUCAGUUCAGCAGAGAGCUCCACAGUGCUGCCCUGCUGUUUUCUUGCUCGCAGCCCUCCAGUACCAGCCCACAAGUUUUGCUUUAUUCGAUAAGUCUGUCUCAGAAGGCGCCGGAGUACACUUUAGAAGCAGACUUUGAAUGCCUUGUGGGAAAUCAAAAGACAGGCGUAGUUAUUUGAAUAUUUUCCUCCUCAUUAAGCUCGUUAGCAGACUGGUUUGGUUCGCUGAAAUUUGGAUAACGUUGAUGGAACAACAUAACGUGUUAGGCUCAGACGUCCCCUGACAACAGAUCCAGGGUUGAAGUAAAGUUGGGAUUUCUUGCAGACCCUCUGGUGAGUGCAGGAUGAGAACUGCAGCCAUGAUGGAUGAGGUUACAGACUCUUACUGCUCCCCUUGAAUGACCUUGUUAGCUGUAGCUGCAAAAUCAAACUCUCUAAAAAGUAUGUAAGAAACAUUAAGAAUUGAUUUUGCAAAAAGGAGUCAUUGAUGCUACUAUUCAUAAACCAGUACAUGGGUAUUAAACAAAUUAGAUGCUUAACUUCAUUAAGUUGAAGUCAACAGUGUUUUUAAAUGGGAUGUCUUUAAUUCUUUGCAUUUAUUUGUCCAAAGAUAAAUCUGAAACUGCAUUCUUUAGAAAACUACCAAUAGUUAAAUAUUGAAGAAAACAAUCAGGAAUUGAUUCUUUACUUAAUUUGUAUUGUCAGAAGUUUCAGUGUUGUACCAAAUUUGUAAAAUACAUGCAUUAUGUCCUCAGUUUGCUCCUUUAUCUCAAGCUUAAAGACCCCGGUUCAGUAUGAGGUAGGUUUGCUCACUGAUUCUCAGCUUUACUAGCAUUCGUGGGAAACCCUGCAGGAAGCCGAAUUCAAUCGAGAAGCCUUGGGCGAAGCCUGAGGAUGAAAGAAGGAGACCUUCCAAGGUCCUUGGGUGCUAAAACCAGCAGAUAAAGGGUGAUGACUCUGUGUCAUGAAUGGUAAUUCAAUAAAUACAAUUAUUUGCAACCUCCUCAGAAGAAAAAAAAAUGAAAGAUGAACAAAUAUGAUUGAAGAUCGAUGAAAAGAAUGUGGAGUGGUGUUUUUAGUGAGAUAAAUUUUAGCUGGCCCUCUCUAUGAUCAUUACAGAUAAUUAAAGUAUAAAUUUGCAACCUCCUGCAUUAGCAUGUGGCACAGCAGAGGCUGUUAAUUUUUUUUAAUGAGUAAUUGGAUUUUUCGUAAUGAGACAGCAGACUUUUACAACUCUUUUAUGUAAUUUAUGUGUGUUUUGUCAGUCUUGGGAUUUGUCUGGUCUGACUUUUGAGCUAACUUGCAAUCUGGAUGGAUUAACUGUCAUUACCGUAGCUCUUAACCAAACUUAUGCUGGAUGCAAUAAGUAGCACUUUUUAUAUAAUGGCACAUUCAUGCAAUCUGUUCACUCCGGCAAGAGUUUAUAAAGCUGAUAAUCACAUUAAAUGAAAUGAACUUGAUUGAGAUCUUAAACCAGGCUUUUAUUGUUUUCUCUUUUGGCAGUGUGUGUCCUUUAGUGCCAUGAUGGAGGAGUUGGGCAUCUCUCUGCAGUGUUACAAAGGUGUCCGGCGAAGGUCUCGACCCCACAGUGUAGCGAAGUCAGCUUGUAUCUUCUGUCAACCCAAACGCCCCUCAAAGCGGGAGGGAGGGAGACGAGACUCCAGCACGUGAGCCUUGGAUCUAUAAACUGUUGGAGCGUAGACCAGAGACUGAUGUUUGGUUGCUUUCCACUCCUCAGAUUUUAUUUUUUUUUUUUGUGGGAAAACUGGACGAUAUGACACAGUUUUACUCCUCUCAUCCCUGUCUUUAUACUGUAUGUGUAUGGAUAAAAGAUCACGCAUUAUACUGUAGAUGUAGUUUACAAAGUCUUCGCCUUGUAUCAACAUAUCUAAUGUUCAGACAGAUGAUGACUACUGAAUGAAAGCUCUCUUAUAUCAUUAAUGUUCCCUCACAAUGCACUGUCCUGAGCAGUAUGCAGAGUUGAAUCUGCACACUUUAUAGAUACACUGGCUGUGUAGGUGUGCGAAAACUUCACUGAUUUUCAGAGUAAAAGAUUUUUGCAUUUUUUAAACCACUGUCUGACUUGUUGUUGUUCAUGGUUGUUGGGCACGUUUCUGUGUGUGCCCACUGGCAGGUGGCAAAGUAGCUUCAGAGUGGAUUGCUGAGCCAACCCUGGCCAGAGAAAAGAGAUAAGGACCUCUGAGGAAAGUCAGGAGCACACCUGCUGUUUUAUACCCUUCAAGCCCCGACAUCACAGACACACACACAGACUCACAACGUUUGUGAUCGGAGGAAAUAUAGCUGUCUGUGCACCAGAGAAAGAAAACGAUACGGAGCAGAGGAAAGGGUAAAAUAAGAAACUGUUUUUUGUGCGCAGGAAAUUCUCAGGAGGUCAAAAACAAAGCACAAUUUCUUUUCCCCUGAGGAGUAAAACCCUUUUCUGUUUGCAAUUGUCAAAUUUGAAAGCCUGAGGGGAGCGCUUGUCUCCCAGUUGUGACAGUGGAUCUCAGUGGAUGUGUGCAUUUAUAAAAGAGUAAAGAUUCUCCAAAAGUC